AAUAUUAGGCAAUAAUUUUCCCUAAAUCUAUGUAUUAUAAAUUGGGGAAUUAGUUUACAUUGCAUGGGCAGAAAUUGAAGGUAUACCCUUUUAUCAAAACUAAGAAAAUGUCGGUGAAGAAUAUGAAUGCCGGGAGUGGUGAAACCAGCUACGCAAACAACUCAGUCCUCCAAAAAGUUGUGAUGACAAAAACAUGGCGAGUCUUAGACGAAACCCUAAAAGAUAUGUUGACAACAAAUGAAUAUGAAUUCAGCAAAUGCAUGAAGAUUGCAGAUUUGGGGUGUUCAUCAGGUCCCAACACCCUUUUGGUAAUUUCACACAUCAUCGAACAACUGUCCGAAGACAAACACGUUCCUAAACAACUUGAAGUGUUUCUGAAUGAUCUUCCAGACAACGAUUUCAACAAUCUCUUCAAACUGAUGUCGACGAAUACGAAUACGAAUACGAAUACGAAUAUAGAGUGCUAUAUAUAUGGUGCACCUGGUUCUUUCUAUGGCAGACUUUUCCCAAACAACAGCCUUCACUUUGCUUACUCAUCUUACAGCCUCCAUUGGCUCUCCCAGAUUCCUCAAGGAUUGGAGAAGAAUAACAAGGAGAACAUAUGCAUAGCAACGACGAGUCCGCCACAAGUAUUCGAAGCAUACUCGAACCAAUUCGAAAGGGACUUUACGACUUUUUUGAAGUUGCGGGGAGAGGAAAUACGAGGUGGCGGUCGUAUGGUUUUGGGAUUCAUCGGUAGAAGUGUCGCGGACCCCACUUCCAAAGACGAAUUGAAGACUAUUACUCUCCUGUCAGAAACACUUUCCGAUAUGGUUGCAGAGGGGCUUUUGAAGGAGGAGGAUUUGCACUCGUUUAACAUUCCGGUAUACGCCCCGUCAAUACAAGAAAUCAAGACGGCAAUCCAGAGUGAAGGGUCGUUCAAUUUGGACAAGAUGGAAGUUGUUUUGGUUCCAUUAGACGCCAACGAAGACUACAACAACUACGACAACAUGGUUUCAGACAAAAACAACGGGAGUGGUAAAUUUGUGGCGAACUAUGUUCGGGCUUUCGCGGAGCCCAUGUUAGUUGCCCACUUUGGGAGCUCAAUUAAUGUUGAUGUCGUCUUUGAUGUUUAUGCGAAAAAAACGGACGAGCAUUUGUCCGUUGAGAGAUCGUCGUAUUUUACUCCGGUCAUUUCCUUAACUAGGAAAACAAUGACGGAUUGAAGCGGUGUAUAUGCAUGGUGUAUUUGUUUGGAAGAUAUUUUCUCUUUUCCAAUAAACGAAAGUGCUUAUUGCAUUUACUA